AUGGAAUCUAAUUGCAUGUUUCACUCUUUUGAGGUCGCUCCUGACUUAGAACCUGGACAUCGUUCAAGCCUAUUUUCUUACAAAGGCUACGCAGACGAUUCUCAUGAAAUUGGCCUACGAAAAUCAGAAACAAGAUACCACGGUAGAGAGCCAUCAAUUUUUGAUGUAAAAAUUUCUCUGCCUUCCCCAGUAUCAAAAGAAGGCUUUUCAGUUGACGCAAUCAUGCCUUCACCUCCAUUAAACCGUACAAGACGAAGUGUCGGCAGAAUUCUCACAUAUUCAGCCUAUGAAAAUCCUCAUUCCAAGCAUUUUCGUACACUAAAAAGGCCAAAAACCCACAAAAGAAGCCCAAGUUCUUAUGCAAACUCAGAGGUAACUUCUAAAGAAAUUCUUGCAGCUUUGCCAAAGCCAAGAUUUAUGACAAGAAAUUCACAUGGGCAUAUAAGGGAAAUUAGUGAUGUUAGUAACGUCGUGAUUACGAGUCAAGAUUCAGAUAUUUUUGAAACUUUGCAUACAAGGAGUGAUAAAAGCAGCCAUAAAAAAAGCGUUUUAAGCCAGCUUUCGACUGACUUUAGCAUGGGGCCAAGCUCAUGUAUGACGUUUUGCUCUAAUUGCAAGACUUUGGUGUAUUCACAGAUUUCAUAUGAAGGAAAUGGCUUGGGGUCGUCAAUAUUUAGAGCUUUUCAGAAGAUUUGUUGUAAGGCUCCUGAAUUCAUUAGAAAUCAAGUUGUGCAUAAGUGUCCUGAAUGUGGUAGUGUAUUAGGGAAUUAACAUUUAUAUUAAUUAUAGAUUAGGGCUCUUCUUCUUUUUAAGUUUCACCCUAGUCUUUGUAGAAGGCUUGUUCAGCUGCUAGAUAACCUCUAGGGUAUGUAAGCAUUUCCACCAGAGAUAAAUCUCCUCCAGCUUUCGGCCUGGUUCUUAAUGCUGUCUUGGAACCUUGAGGGAGGCAAAACCAAACUAGGGUAGUGUAUUAGGAAAAAUUUAA